AUGUCACCUCCGUCGCCCGGCUCGAGUGCAUAUCCGUUGCCGCUGGGCAAUGGUUCCCAUCUGAACAUGAACAACAACGGGCGGGUUCGCUCGCGCAGCAGCGCGACCAGUUACUUUGCUCUGCUGUCCUCGACCGAGGAUAAGCACCACCAGCAUGAUCGUCCUGUGAGCCGCAAGCAGCACUACCAUCACCGAAGCAGUGGCAGCGGCAGCGGCAGCAGCAGUGGGAGUCGCAGUGGCAGUGGCACACCCACCGGUCGACACAUGGAUGACUGUUCCUCGUGGGUGCCGGGAUGGCUUGGUGCAUAUGGCCCCCACCCGCCCCCCACGCACCACGCGAUCGACGGACAAUAUCAUUGUUCCGGCCAGUCAUAUUUCCCCUUGACCGAGCCACCCACGCAUUCUCUGUCGGAGAGCAGCUGUCAUGGCCCUCAUGUCAUGGCCCCAAAUUCCUCCCUGGGUACAUCCACCUUGACGACGACCACCACGCCUCCCUCCACCAUCUCCAGCACUGCCACGCCCUUUUCUUCCCCCCUGGCGCCCCUCACCGAUGCAGAGAUCGACGCGAUGAUUCUUCAAUUCCCGGACUUGACAGACGGCUUCCCGCCCGGCUACCCCGAUUCCAUGGACGAGAUGGGCCCGUUUGAUCCCGCCGAGGCAGAUGCGGGUUUGGCCAGUUGGCUCAAUGAACAGCACGCCUUUGCCUUGAAUCUGAGUGAGGAACCGUCGGUGGGGCAGAGCAAGCGAGGCUUGACGGCCGAAGGGUAUUCGGGGGACAUGUCCGCGGAUGGCACGAGUACGAGCACGGGGAUGGGCAUAGGAUGGGAGACGGGGAUCAAGAAAUUAAAGGUUUUUCAUGAGGAAUUCAAUCAAGGUCGAACAUGA